AUGAAGCUAACUGCCAUUCUCGCCGCUAUUACUCUCUCCUCGGUUGUGGUAGCCGCCCCUGUGCCGACUGAGUCGCGUCGAGGAUUUAUUCCCAAGCCGAUGGACCUGAUUGAGAAGAUGUACCCCCACUCAGGAAUCCCCAAGCUCGCCAGCAAGCUUGAGAAAGAACUGAACAAUCUACGAUAA